AUGGAGCAAAUAGAUGCGCAUCAAUUGUUCAACACUUCCUGGACUCUCCAUCGGCUCUCUCCUCUCCACCAUAGCAAGGACUGUGAGACUCUCCUCGACAACGAAAGUGCCUUAAAAACAUAUGCCACGCGCCUGCGCGACCAACUGACCGGCGCCGUGAUAGCCGGGAUCCACAGCGCCAGCGCAGCCGAAGACGACGCGCUCUCCAAGACGGGCGCGCUGAAGGAGUGUCUGUGGCAGCCUAUCACGGCAGGAUCUCCACGCGAUGCAGCAUCAAGCCGACGCUCCACCCCCUCAUUUCCUGGGAUUUUAGUUACCUUGGAAUACGAAUUCAUUGUCUACAAAGCAGCUCUACUUGCAGACUCCGACUCAAGUAAUGGCAAAGAAGAGACCCAGCGCGAGGGAUCUACCUUUCUCCCACUGCUCCUGACCCGAUUCCCCAACGCGCUGCGCCAAACCUUCAUCUCCUUCUUGUCUGCCAACUUCGACACCUACUGCUCGCCUCUGCGGCUCCCGUCCGCGCUCCUGUGCUCGGGCCUAGAGACCUACGUCGAAGCUCUACGCGACGGCCGCAGCGCCCGCGCGUCCGAUUACAUCGAGGACGUGAUCAAGGAGCUGCAGCUCACGCUCUCGUUCUCGCCAUCAAUCGCACCAGCCCUGCGCUCCCUCAACGUCAGCAUCGCCCGCGCCUCUCUGGCGGGAUUUCUGCGCGAUGGUCCCAGCACAGCAGCAUCCAAGACGCGCUCGCUGCAACAGAAACUGCGCAGCCCGCUGUUCGCAAACCUCACGACGUACCUGGAGUCCCAUCUCGCCAUGACGCUCGAUAUGGAUGGUUCCGCGACGGACCAGCGCGCUCGACAGCAUGUGCGCCUAUCCAAGGUCGCGUGCGCGGCUUUUGUGCUGGGGAGCGAGGGCCGCAUGAAGCUCGUUGUUAGUGCCAACCGCGACGAGGAUGGUGCGUCCGUGGGACGGGGCCGUGACUCGAGCUUUCAGCGUGCUUUGCGCGCGAGUGAGACGCUGCUUCGGGCUGUCGUUCGCAGGGCUGCCGUUGGGGAGCAGACUACGUGA